ACUCAGUUUGUGUCACUUGGAUGGAAGGUAGGUGUUGGGACAGGUGUGCUGCUUACACGAUACCUUUGCAUUCAAAGCAAUGGUGGUAUCCAUGUAGAUGGUUAGUGCUCUCUUCCAUAAGCUUCUGUUUAUGCUUACUAAUGACAUCAUUUGAAUAUUUCAGAGUAAACACCUCAAAAGACACAUAACAAAAUGUAAAAAGAAAUUCCUUAAGUGAUGUUUUUUUUAUUUUGUUUGUAGCCAUAGCAGCUGUGUACUCAGCGUAAAGAGGACUACACAACUACUAUAGCUACAGAGAAACUGAAAAGAAACAAUAGCACUAAUUCUCUUACACGCUUGAGUCCAGCGUGUUGUAGUAUGCUCGUGUAUUUAAAAACCUUGGAAACCACUUACUCACUGCACUUGAGCCAUGGCGAGCCAGCAAGUAGCAGUACUUAUCCUUCUGCUGGUGAAGGUGGUGUGCGGCGGCGUGGUGGGUGGGACCGAGAGGGAAGAGACAUUGUUAGAGUGUGGAGACACUCUCACUCUCGACUUUACCAAUAACUGGCCGGAGGUCCACUGUUCUUCACCAUGCUCUGAUAUACACACGUGGACCGUCGGGCCGGUGUUCAGGCGCGAGGCUCGUCUGGUGCAGUAUGGUUUGAUGGUGAGACAGGAGUACGGCAAGGACGGCGUGGUGACUUGCUCCCUUGUCGAUGACAUAAUAGACUCGGAUGAACUACAGUCAUCUCUCCAGGCUGAGGCUUGUACUUCGGUGACACUUUCCACCACCACCAUCAUCCCUGAAGGUCCUACUGGGGUGACUGGCUCAACCACCACCACCCCUGAGGGUCCUACUGGGGUGACUGGCUCAACCACCACCAGUCCUGAGGGUCCUACUGGAGUGACUGGCUCAACCACCACCAUCCCUGAGGGUCCUACUGAGGUGACUGGCUCAACCACCACCAGUCCUGAGGGUCCUACUGGAGUGACUGGCUCAACCACCACCAGUCCUCAGUCUCCUACUGCAGUAACUGGCUCAACCACCACCAGUCCUGAGGGUCCUACCAGAGUGACUGGCUCAACCAUCACCAGUCCUGAGGGUCCUACUGGAGUGAGUGGUUCAACCAUCACCAUUCCUGAAGAACCUACUGGAGUGACUGGCUCUACCACCACCAGUCCUGGGGGGCCUACUGAGAUCAGCAGCUCUUACAGCACCAUCACUGAGCCUGGAAGUUCCAUUUCAACUGUCACAGUAGACUCGACGCCUCUAAUUGGAUGUGCAACGGGCAGUGAAACUCCAACCACAGUGACUCCUACCACUACUGAGUCACAGUGGGUUUGUGAGAAUGGAUGGUCGCUCUAUGAGUCAUCGUGUUACAAUGUCGACGAUACUGUGAAACUGGACUGGCUGCAAGGUCAAAUAUACUGCAAUGAUAUUAAUGCAGAAUACGUCCAGAUCACAUCUAGUGAUGAAGCUCGGUUCCUCAAAGAUCUCCUUACCAGCGAUGCGUGGAUUGGUCUAAAUGACAAAAACACCGAGGGGAACUAUGUAUGGACGGAUGGAUCACCAGCCACAUUCACUGAAUGGUUUAACGGAGAACCCAACAACGUGAAAAAUGAGGACUGCACGGAGAUGAGAAAGUCAAUGGACUUCUGGUGGAACGAUUCCUCUUGCAGCAACAAAAAAAGUGUGUUGUGUGAAAAACCAGCCACGAAGUUGGUUGGAUAGCGGCUGCCUGGGACUGCAUGUGGUCUUCUCUUUCAUCAGGCUCAGCCAUCGCCAUUUGACAUCACAGAGAAAAAGAAGAGAAAAGAAAACUUUAUCAUAGCUUGUCAAAUGACCUUCAGUGUCAAUCAUUAUGAAGACUAUAAUGCAAAGAGUUCAUCUACAGUAUCUCUGAAAACGUUAUCUCACGAAUAAAAAGUUAGUCUGC